GUUGAGUGGAGUGCAUUUUCGAGUGGCUGCGCUUACGAGUAUACCCCACUGUGCUAAAGGGAUAUACCCAAAUACACACAUACAUACAUCCGUACAUACGUGCAUAGAGAGAAGUUUCAGUUUGAGUAGUAUAUCGUCAGUUUGUCAGCACAUAAUAUCCAGAAUCAACGUGAGUGUCUGUGUUUGUGUGUGUGUGUCGUGUUAUCAUAUAGUUUGCUAAUUGGCUCGCUCCGAGAGACUGCCAGACACUCGACAAAGAAUUGACUGAGGAUACCCAACAUGGAUAUGAAUAUGUUCUUAAUGCUUACUCUGGCGUUUGCUGUGCUGGCAACCAGCUUGGCGAGCUCGUCGCGAUUCAUUCAACCGCCGCAGAGUCAGUCCAUCAUUGAAAACGAUGCCGUUGACUUUGGCUGCGAGGCAACAGGACCCUCCGGCGAUUUGCACUACGAAUGGUUGCAUAAUGGUCAGCAAAUUGUGUAUGACAGGCGCGUCGCGCAAAUCGGCUCCAAUUUGCAUAUUGAGUCGUUGCAACGCGAGGAUGCCGGCGAUUAUGUGUGCAUUGCAGCCAGCGUGACCAGCGGCGCCAGGCAGGCAUCGCCUCCAGCUAAAUUGAGCGUGAUAUAUCUGGACUCAGCCAGCGUGCAGCUGCUGGGCAGCAAUCGUAACGAGCUGCUGCUCAAGUGCCAUGUGGAGGGCGCCUCUGGCGAUGAGCCGCUGCAUAUUGAAUGGUAUCGGGACAGCGCGAAGCUGAGCACCUGGCAGAACGUGGAGCUGCAGCAGCAUCGACUGCUCGUCCGUCAGCCGAGCGACGCCGAUGAUGGACUCUAUCGCUGCAUUGCCUCCAAUGCAGCGGCACGCGUGAUGAGCAAACAGGGCUAUGUCUAUCGGCAUCAGUCGAGUGCGCUUGGUGUGGCCAAGUGCUUGCCCAGGCUAAAGAAGAACCAGAAGUUGCCCGAGUCGUGGGGCAAGCAAAUCUUCUUGUGUCGCGGCAAGCGUGGCGGCUCUGGCGGCAUGGAUCAGGCAAUGUCACUGCCCCCGUCGCCCGAAGGUCUACGCAUUGUUCAGGGACCCAAUGCGAAACUGAUUAUCAAGGAGGGCGACUCGGCAGCCCUGAGCUGCCUCUAUGAACUGCCCGCCGAGCUGCAGAAUCAACGCGUCCAGUUGCGCUGGCGCAAGGAUGGCAAAAUCUUGCGACACGUGGAGCUAGGCGAGACUCUAAUACCUGGCCUGGCGCUCGACUAUGGGAAAGAUACAUUGCUGCGCGAGGAUGGACGACUGGUACUGCACAAGCAGAACGGCACGAUGAGCUUCAACAGCAUAAUUGCCAGCGAUGCGGGCCAGUACAUGUGCCAAAUACAGCUGGAGGGGCAUGCGGCAGUCAACUCCUCGCCUGGCACACUGGAGGUCAUUGAACAGCUCAAGUUUAUGCCGCAGCCAACCUCUAAGAAUCUUGAGCUGGGCUCACUUGGCAAGCUGCACUGCAAGGCGCAGGGCACUCCCACGCCGCAGGUGCAAUGGUUGAGGGAUGCGACGAAUGGCUCUCUGCCCGAACACGUGGAUGACAUCAAUGGCACUUUAAUAUUCAGGAAUGUUAGCGCCGAGCAUCGCGGCAACUAUACGUGCUUGGCCAGCAAUAGUCAGGGCCAGAUAAAUGCCACUGUCUCUAUAAAUGUGGUGGUCGCGCCCAGGUUUAGUGUGGCGCCCGUGGGACCUAUCGAAACGGCCGAGCAAGGCGUGGCUGUCAUUCACUGCCAGGCCAUUGGAGAUCCCAAGCCGACCAUACAAUGGGACAAGGAUUUACAGUAUCUGAGCGAAAACAACACGGAUCGCCAGCGUUUCAGUUUCCUGGAGAACGGCACACUUGCCAUACGCAAUGUGCAGGCGGAGGAUGAGGGCAAAUAUGGCUGCACCAUUGGCAACAGUGCAGGCCUCAAGCGGGAGGAGGUGCGUUUGCUGGUGCGCUCCAGUGGCGAUGGCUUCAUUACGGAAGAGUCUGCCGGCGAUGGUUUCCUUGUGACGCGCGCUGUACUCAUCACAAUGACCGUUGCCCUGGCCUACAUAGUGCUCGUGGUGGGUCUGAUGCUGUGGUGCCGCUAUCGGCGGCAGGCACGCAAGGCGCGCCUAAAUGAGCUCAGCAUCAAGGAAGCUGGCGGCGAUCAGGCGGAGGCGGGCAAAAGCAAUGAGCAGGAGCCCUGCCUGUCUAAGCAGCAACGCAACGGCCACAGCAAGUCCCGUGCAGCCAAUGGGGAUGCACAGAAAUCCGAUGAUACCGCUUGCAGUCAGCAGUCCAAGGCUUCCAAGAAAUCCGCCCACAUUUAUGAGCAACUGGCACUGCCACGCUCCGGUCUCACUGAACUAAUUCAAAUUGGACGCGGCGAAUUUGGUGAUGUGUUUGUGGGCAAACUGAAGGCGUCUCUGGUGGCAGCCGCUUCGCCAAGCGACAAGGAUGCGGACACGGAGAAACAGCAUAGCAACAGCGAGAAUGGCAGCGGCAGCGGGAGUGGCAGCACCACCUUGAGUACUCUGAAUGAGAAGCGACGCUCCAAGACCUCCAUGGAUGACAUUGAGGAAAUCAAGGAGGAGGAACAACAGGAACAGGAGCCAGCUGAGUCUGCCGCCGAUCAACUGGUGCUGGUCAAGGCACUCAAUAAGGUCAAGGAUGAACAGGCCUGCCAGGAAUUCCGUCGACAGCUGGACUUGCUGCGUGCCAUCUCGCACAAGGGUGUCGUUCGACUGUUUGGCCUGUGCCGCGAAAAGGAUCCACAUUACAUGGUGCUGGAGUACACAGACUGGGGUGACCUCAAACAGUUUUUAUUGGCCACCGCCGGAAAAGUUAACACUGCCACAGCCACAUCCUCACCACCGCCACUAACCACCAGCCAGAUGCUAGCUGUAGCUUACCAAAUAGCCCGCGGCAUGGAUGCAAUCUAUCGCGCUCGCUUCACCCACAGAGAUUUGGCCACUCGCAACUGCGUCAUCUCCAGUGAAUUUAUUGUUAAAGUCGCCUACCCGGCCCUGUGCAAGGACAAGUACAGUCGCGAAUAUCACAAGCAUCGCAACACGCUGCUACCGGUGCGCUGGCUGGCACCGGAGUGCAUACAGGAGGAUGAGUAUACUACCAAAAGCGACAUUUUUGCCUUUGGUGUGGUUGUGUGGGAGCUUUUCAAUCAGGCCACAAAGCUGCCGCACGAGGAUCUAACCAACGAGCAGGUGGUACAACGUGCACUGGCCAAUACACUGGAAUGGUCCGUGGCCGAGGGUACGCCAGACUGCCUCAAGGAGAUAUUGCUCUCCUGCUGGUUGGCCAAUCCCAAAGAACGUCCAUCUUUCAGUCAGUUGGGCGCUGCGCUUAGCAAGGCCAUGCAAAGUGCUGAGAAGUAGGCGCGCCGGCGUUGCCAGACCGAUGACUGACUUAGUGUUGGUAAACGUUGAAGCCAGAAACAGUUUGCUAACUACGCCAAAUAUAAUUUGUAGUAUUCUCUUAGUACAUACAUGCAUACAUACAUAAAAACCGGCUUAAGUUAAGUUUGAUACAUUUUCGAGGUUAAGUGAUGCAUUGAACUGAGUUAUUUUCAAAUGCUAGGCGCAUGUUCAACAUGCGUAGUCAUAAUCACAACUUAAGGUUAAUGUAUUUUAAUUGUAUAAAACAUAAACAUUGAUAUCUUCUCUAAAGUAUUUACAUACGUGGUGCUGCAUAGAAUAUGCAGCUAAAAUGUAAAUAAAAACUGCCACAAACAUUUGCAUUUAAACCAGUUGAAGCAUUUAUAGCCGUAGUCUUGGCAAUUUGAAGUAUUCCAAGAAAUAUUUUAAAACUAACCCAAUGAAUAUAGGAUUAUGCUAGUCUUAAGUUGAUUUUAUUACUUAACAAUUGUAAGCAAUACGCAAAAUAUAUAUAAAAUAUUUGUGAAAAUUACAGAAAAUACACAACAAAUUAAUCACAGCGUGUAUUUUCAAUUUGAAAUUAACAAUUAAGCCAAACUUCAAUUUAGCGUGAAAACUUUUAAACAUAUAUUAUAUAAAUCAUUUUUCUAUACAAACAUACAUAUUACAUCAAAUACAUUAAACUAGGCAUAAGCAUGUAAGCCGUAAAAAAUUUAUAACUAGCAUUUUAAG